GUGCGGUUCCUGGAGCAGCAGAACAAGAUGCUGGAGACCAAGUGGGGGCUGCUGCAGAACCAGAAGCCCCCCCGCAGCAACCUGAGCGCGCUCUUCGAGGCGUACGUGGGCACCCUGCGGCGCCAGCUCGACAGCCUGGGCCAGGAGCGGCUGCGGCUGGAGGCCGAGCUGGGCAGCAUGCAGGGGCUGGUCGAGGAGUUCAAGAACAAGUACGAAGAGGAGAUCAACCACCGCACCGAGAAGGAAAACGAGUUCGUGCUGCUGAAAAAGGACGUGGAUGAAGCCUACAUGAACAAGGUGGAGCUGGAGUCGCGCCUGGAGAGCCUGACCGACGAGAUCAACUUCCUCCGGCAGCUCUACGACGAGGAGCUGCGGGAGCUGCAGUCGCAGGUGUCCGACACCUCCGUGGUGCUGUCCAUGGACAACAGCCGCAGCCUGGACCUGGACGGGAUCAUCGCCGAGGUGAAGGCGCAGUACGAGGACAUCGCCAACCGCAGCCGCGCCGAGGCCGAGAGCAUGUACCAGAUCAAGUACGAGGAGCUGAAGACGACGGCGGGGAAGCACGGGGCCGACCUGCGCAGCACCCGCGGGGAGAUCAGCGAGCUGAGCCGGCUCGUCCAGCGCACCCAGGCCGAGAUCGAGGCGCUCAAGAACCAGCGGGCCAGCCUGGAGGCAGCCAUCGCGGAGGCGGAGGAGCGCGGGGAGCUGGCGCUGAAGGACGCGCGGGGCAAACUGGGCGAACUGGAGGCGGCGCUGCAGAAAGCCAAGGCAGACCUGGCCCGGACCCUGCGCGAGUACCAGGAGCUGAUGAACGUCAAGCUGGCCCUGGACAUCGAGAUCGCGACCUACAGGAAGCUGCUGGAGGGAGAAGAGAGCAGGCUGGAGGCGGGCGUGCAGAACCUGAGCAUCCACACCAGGACAGCCGGCUACGGCGGGGGCUUCGGGGGGAGCCUCGGGGGGGGCUUCGGGAGCUCCUUCUCCAGCGGCUACGCCGUGCCCCCCCCGGCCCUGGAGGGCUCCCCCGUGGCCAAGUCGCGCGCCAUCGUCAUCAAGAAGAUCGAGACCCGCGACGGCAAGCUGGUGUCCGAGUCCUCCGACCUGCUGGCCAACUGA